AAUGGCCUUAAGUAUCCUACUUUGCAAGCAAUUGCAAGGGACUUUUUAGCUAUACCAAUAACAUCAGUUGCUUCCGAGAGUGCUUUCAGCUCUGGUGGGAGGUUGUUAGACCCCCACAGGAGCAGGCUCGACUAUUCUACUGUGGAGGCUAUGUUGUGCAGUCGUAGCUGGGUUAGGGAAGCCUGGCUAAGAGAAUCAAAGGCUGCUGCUGCUGUGGAGGCAAUGGAUGGACUGUUUACUGGGCUGUCAGUUCACGAUUCAAGUGUAGAAGAUCAGGAAAAUGAGGUCCAGGAACUUCUGAAUCUGGAUUCACCAUUCUCCUUUGAUUACUGAUUAUUGGAACCUCAGAAGAGAAGGGAAUGAAUGUCAAUUUGUCAUGUGCUGCUUGACUGCUUCUGUUCUUCAAAUCUGGUUGCUGCCUUGCUGGUGCCUUUGAGAGUUUGGCUUACUGCCUUUGAGAGUUUGAGUUUGAGUGUGCUUUAUUUGUUCCAAAUUUGAACAAUGGAUUGGUGUGUGGCUUACUGCCUUUGAGAGUGCUUUACUUGUUUUUUCUUUGCUACUUAUGACUAUUAGACAGUUGAUGAACUCAU